AUGUCUACUGAUCUUGUCCAUUUAUUUUCAGCUGUUCCUGCAGUGGUCAGUACUCCCGAUGGUGGUGAGGAGGGGGCAUCUGAGGUUCCCCGGAACGUAGAGGUAACCCCUGUGGAUGAAAGCGCAGCCCCUGUGCGUGAUGUGACAGAUUCCGUGGUUCUGGGUGCAUCUAGAACCGUUUCAGUUGUUCCUGCAGCGGCUGGUGCUCCGGAGGUUGUCACAUCUUCGGGAAGCGUGGUUCCUGUGAGUGUUGAGGUGGUCCCUUCUGCUGGAGGUGUGGCCCUUCCACUUGAAGUGGUGGUUUCUGCGGUUCCGGGGACCUCUGGUGUCGCUGUUCCUGUAGUGGUCAGUACUGCAUCUGAGGUUCCUGUGCACGUAGAGGUGGCACCUGUGGAUGAAAGCGCAGCCCCUGUGCGUGAAGUGACAGAUUCCGUGGUUCUGGGUGCAUCUAGAACAAGCUCUGUGGCUUCAGCUACUCGGUAUUACUUGGUGAAUCAGUCUCUCACAUGGUUGGAAGCAUCCUUCUACUGUAGGUCUCACUACACAGGCUUGGCCAGUACUCUGUCAGAUCAGGAGCUGCUGUCUGUGAUUGCAGUGGUUACCAAGAAUGAGGCCUGGAUUGGGCUUUACCUCUCCCCUCUGGGCAUUUGGCGAUGGAGUAAUGGAGCCACAGGCACCUACACCAUGUGGAAUUCAGGAGAGCCCAGUCAGAACACAAAUGCCUGUGUGCGUAUCAGUUCGGGCAAGUGGAGCGACGCAAACUGUGGCUCUCGUUACUACUUUGUAUGUUACAAAUCGAGCAGCACGACUGUGCCUAGUCUUCCCUCUAACUGCCAGUGGCAAGAAAAGUGCACCACCACCACCCCGGCCACGUACCGGACUACAACUAGGAGAACAUGGAGCAGCAGCACAGCAACCACAGGUCAUAUUGGCUCCAUCACAACACAGGGAGCUACAAACAGCAGCGUCGGAGCAGUGUCAGGUCAUAUUGGCUCCAUCACAACACAGGGAGCUACAAACAGCAGCGUCGGAGCAGUGUCAGGUCAUAUUGGCUCCAUCACAACACAGGGAGCUACAAACAGCAGCGUCGGAGCAGUGUCAGGUCAUAUUGGCUCCAUCACAACACAGGGAGCUACAAACAGCAGCGUCGGAGUAUUGUCAGGUCAUAUUGGCUCCAUCACAACACAGGGAGCUACAAACAGCAGCAUCGGAGUAUUGUCAGGUCAUAUUGGCUCCAUCACAACACAGGGAGCUACAAACAGCAGCGUCGGAGUAUUGUCAGGUCAUAUUGGCUCCAUCACAACACAGGGAGCUACAAACAGCAGCGUCGGAGCAGUGUCAGGUCAUAUUGGCUCCAUCACAACACAGGGAGUUACAAACAGCAGCGUCGGAGUAUUGUCAGAUCAUAUUGGCUCCAUCACAACACAGGGAGCUACAAACAGCAGCGUCGGAGUAUUGUCAGGUCAUCUGCACUUGGUACAGACGCCCAUGACUUGGUCAGAAUCUCGGACAUAUUGCCGCAGCUACUUUACUGACUUGGCUGCCACCCCAUCUCCUGAUGAGCAACACAUCAUGUCCGCCAUGUUAGCCAGCGUCACCCCCAGCAAGGGUUUCUGGUUCGGCCUGAAGCGCAGUCGGUUCUGGGGGAAUUGGUAUUGGAGCGGAGGUCAGAUAUGGGGGAAAUUCACCUUCUGGGGAGAUGCAGAACCAAAUAAUCCGCUCUCCAAGCAAUGUGGCCUAAUCACAGGGGACCCAGCAAGAAACUUCAGCUGGAGCUCGGAGUGCUGUGGACAACCGCUGCCAUUCGUGUGCUAUGGAGGAUAAUCUGCGACGGUUCUCACCAUUCAGCGUCAUUACGUGUCCUCUGAUGACCGUCUUAUGUUACGUAUGUAUUUAUAGAUAACAUGGAGUCUGGGCUGGGACCAUGUGAUCUACAAAGAGCUCAUCUCACAUC